ACACUUUUUCUUCUCUCUCUACAAAAUUUGAGAAACUCCUUUGUUGAACAUUAAUUGAGAAACUCCUCUUCUCUGAUUCACCCUCUGUUUGUGAUAUAAACCUGUUUAUUUACCCACUCAUUCUAAUCUUCAUUGUUAUUACUAUUGCUUGAAAAUUUCACUGCAAAAGGAAGAAGAAUGGCAUGCCUGCACGACCAUAGCUGCGAGGAUCACGAUUGCGGAUCCCAGUGGUCCCUGUACAAGCACAUUGACAUUCCUAAGGUAUCAGCUUUAAAUGAGGCUACUGCAGGAAGUGUGAAAUCUAUUUUUAAAGCUUGGGAGUUACGCUUGGAUACUUCUAAGAUUGAUGCAGUCAAUAUGUGCUUUUCUGACAAGUUCUCUUUUGAUAUCAAUGGCAACACAGUUUUGGGUUUUCUGGAAAGCAAUGAGGGUGACCCUGAGUUGCUUAUUUUCAUCCCAUUUACAUGUGAUGUUAAGAUAAAGAGCAUAUCAGUUGUUGGUGGUGCUGAUGGAAAGAGUCCUUCAAAAAUGCGAGCGUUCAUCAAUCGGGAUAAUAUAGAUUUUUCAGAUGCUCAAGAUAUGACUCCACUUCAGGAGUGGGAAUUGGCGGAAAAUUUGCAAGGGAUGUUGGAGUACCAGACCAGGUACUCUCGAUUCCAAAGUGUGGGUAGCCUCACACUGCAUUUUCCUGAUAAUUUUGGAGGUGAUUCCACUCAAAUAUAUUACAUUGGCUUACGUGGUGAAGCUACACAGUUGAAGAGGGAUGUUGUUGCAACCAUUGUUUAUGAAGUUAUGCCAAAUCCAUCUGAUCACAAGACCCCAACUGACCAUGGAGGUGGCAUGUCUGAGGUGUAAAUCUUCACUGUGGGUGACCAGCCAAUUGCUUGAAAUUGACUUCAAACCUCAAGACUCCUGGCAACUGUUAAAAAUUCCCUUUCAAUUUUGUUCCCUUACCAUUCAGUAGUGCAACUUUAAGAUUUGAAUCAUUUUCUGUAAUAUCAGCCUGUUUGUAGAUGAGCUUUUAAUUUGCUUAAAAUGGAUCAUAACUAGAUUGAAGUAACAGAUAUGGGCAUGUUUGCUUUGGAAGUUUCUACUCAUAUAAGAAACCUGCCCACUGUCAAGUAUAGUGUUUAUUCAAGGUUAGAUGUCUAUGUUUACAGUUUGGAGGUACCCAAAUUCAAUUUAUGGUUGGUCCCACUAGUGCCU